AUGACCCCGGAGAUGCAGCUCGCGAUGUACCCGAUGUUCCUCACCGAGGAACGCCACGGCGCGAGAGACGACGGCUCGGACGUGUCCACGUCGCGAGAGAAGGUGGUGUCGAAGUGGCGGAUGAAGGAUCGAAUGAAGACGACGUCCGUGGCGCUCGUCUUGUGCUUAAACAUCGGCGUGGACCCGCCGGACGUCUUGAAAAUAUCCCCGUGCGCGCGCAUGCAGUGCUGGAUCAACCCGCUGUCGAUGCAGCCGCAGAAGGCGCUGGACGCGAUCGGGAAGGCGCUCCAGGCGCAGUACGAGCGGUGGCAACCGCGGGCCAAGUACAAAUUACAGCUGGACCCCACCGUGGAGGACGUGAAGAAGUUGUGUCUGUCGUGCCGACGGAACGCGAAGAACGAGCGCGUGCUGUUGCACUACAACGGCCACGGCGUCCCGCGUCCGACGGUGAACGGCGAAGUGUGGGUCUUCAACAAGUCGUACACGCAGUACAUACCGCUGUCCAUCUACGAUCUGCAGCAGUGGACCGGGAACCCGGCGAUUUACGUCUUCGACUGCUCCGGCGCGGGGCUCGUCGUGAACUCGUUCUUGCAGCUCGCGGAGCAAGGGAACGUGGGGACGGGCCCCGCCGCCGCGGCCGAGUGCAUCCUCCUCGCCGCGUGCGGCGCGGAGGAGCUCCUGCCGCAGUCGGCGGAUCUCCCCGCGGACGUCUUCUCCGCGUGUCUCACGACGCCGAUCAAGAUCGCGCUCAGAUGGUUCGUCAGUCGUUCGAUCCUCAAAGGCGACGGGAUCAGCGUGGACGUCAUCGAUAAGAUCCCCGGGCAACAGAACAACAGGAAGACGCCGCUGGGGGAGUUGAACUGGAUCUUCACGGCCAUCACGGACACCAUCGCGUGGAACGUCCUCCCGCGUCCGCUGUUCCAGCGGCUGUUCCGGCAGGACCUGCUCGUCGCGUCGCUGUUUCGCAACUUCCUCCUCGCCGAGCGAAUCAUGCGAGCGAACAACUGCGCGCCCAUCUCGUGCCCCGCGCUGCCGCCGGCGUACCAGCACCCGAUGUGGCACGCGUGGGACAUGGCGGUUGAGAUUUGCCUCCUGCAGAUGCCGACGCUGAUCAACGGCGACUCCACGGUGGAGUUCACGCCGUCGCCGUUCUUCACGGAGCAGCUCACCGCGUUCGAGGUGUGGCUCGAGCACGGCAGCGAGCGCAAGGCGCCGCCGGAGCAGCUUCCGAUCGUGUUGCAAGUGCUGCUGUCGCAGUCGCACCGCUUGCGCGCGCUCGUGUUGUUGGGGCGGUUCUUAGGCGCGUUCUACAUGGGCCCGUGGGCGGUGGACCUCGCCCUGAGCGUGGGCAUCUUUCCGUACGUGUUGAAGCUUCUGCAGACGACGGCGCCGGACUUGAGACAGAUUUUGGUCUUCAUAUGGACGAAGAUACUCGCGCUCGAUCGCUCGUGCCAGCUCGACCUCGUGAAGGACAGCGGGCACGUGUAUUUCGUCCGGUUUCUUGAUUCGCCGUCGGUGCCGUCAGAGGAGAGGGCGAUGGCGGCGUUCGUGCUCGCCGCCAUCGCGGACGAUCACCCGAAGGGCCAGGCCGCGUGCGCGUCUUCCGGUUUACUCCAAGUGUGCCUCGCGAACCUCCCCGGCGCGGCGUCGCCGUCCGGGUCGCCGCUGUUCGUCCGCUGGUUGUGCUUGUGCAUGGGAAAGCUGUGGGACGGCUACGCGUCGCUGCAGGCGGAGGCGUUCAGGGUCCGCGCGAGCGAAGCGGUGGCGUCGCUGUUGAAUCAUCCCACCCCGGACGCGCGCGCGGCGGCGGUGUACGCGUUGGGCGCGCUCACGGCUCCGGGCGCGGGCGCGGGCGCGGCGGGCGCGGAGGACGCCGAGGAAGAUGGAUUUUUCGGCGAGCGCGCGGCCGCGGAGCGCGCGAUCGCGUGCCACGUCGUCCCGUGCACCGCGGACGCGUCGUCUCUCGUGCGAUGCGAGGCUGCCGUCGCGCUCGCGAGGCUCGCGCGGUCGCACGCCGCGGAGUUCCAAUCGGCGGCGACGUGGAUGCGGCGCGAGCGGCGUCUCAGCGACGCCGGGAGCGAAGGCGGCGGCUCCGGCUCCGGCUUCGGCUUCGGCUCGCGGGGUGCCGGGAUGCGGAGGCGCGCGAGCGGGAGCCUGAGCGGCGACGCGAUCGCGGAGGACGGGACGACGUUCCAGAGCGGGAGUCCGGGGGCGUACGCGGCGUCGGCGUCCCCGGGGACGCGCGAGCCGGGCUUUUGGUCGACGGACGCGGCGGCGGCGCCGGGCGACGGAAGCGCCAACUCCUCCCCGCCCGCGGGAACUUUCGCGAGCGCGGACGCCGCGCGCGUCGGCGGCGGUCUGUACCACCACGUCCUCGAGCGGCUCCUCGAGCUCGCGGCGGACCCGUCGACGCGGGUCGCGGUCGCCGCGCAAAAGGCGCUGCUCGCGACGGGGAUCGACCACGCGCACCCGCUUCUGAAACCGGCGCUGUCGAGGGCGGUGUUGAUCGCCGCCGGGCUCGCGGAAGGCGGGUCGGAGCCGGAGGGCGGCGGCUCGCGACCGUCCACCGCCGCGGACGACGGCGCGCGGGAGUCGAGGGACGGGGAGGCGGGCGGCGCGAGCCCGCACGGACGCCGCGGCGGCGGCCUCGGAGGAAGAACCGCGAGCUGGUCGCAGAAACUGAGCAACUUGUCCUCGCGGCUGCUCGGCUCGCCGCGUCGCGUCCCGAGUCGAGACGCGAUCGGCGCGGCGGCGUCGACCGCGGACGGAGAUAGUCUCACGUCGAGCGCGAGCGGCAGCGGCGCCGGCGCGGACGCGCUCCCGAAGUCGCUCGUGUUCGCGUGGAGCUGCGAACACUUUUCGCGGUCGCUGCUCGAGCCGUCCCCGGCGGCGGGCGGGGGCGGAUACUACGCCGACGGCGACGAGGAGGACGAUUUUUUCCCGCCCGCGACGCGAAGCGGGCAAGUCAAACUCGCGGAUCAGAUCGCGACGAUCGAGCUCGAGCACGGCGCGUCGCCGUCGCGUCUGCUGAUGCACCCGCUGUCGUCGAUCGCGUGCAUCUCGGACGACAAAGGGAUCGUGCGCGCGUGGGACUACGUUUCCGGGAAGACGCUGAACAAGUUCCACGCGGGCGGCGCCCCGGGGAAGCCGACGUCGUCGCUGAGCCUCGUGAACGAUUUAGACGACGCGUUGCUGUUGUGCGGCGGAGGCGAUGGAUCCGUGAGGGUGUGGCGCGAUUUCGCAUCCAGGGGCGAGGAGACGCUCGUGACCGCGUUCAGGGCGCUGCCGCCGAGGGAGUCGGGGAUACGCGUCGCGUCGAGCCCGCAGGGGAGCGGCCAGCAGAGCGGGUGUCUCUACGCGGCCGGGGACGUGCACCCGGCGCCGUUGCUCCGCGUCUGGGACAUGACGAGAGAGCUGUGCUUGGAGUCGCUGCAGAUGCAAUCGCCCGGGACGUGCCUCACCGCGGAGGGUGCGCUGUUGAUGGCGGGCGCCGCGGACGGCGCGGUGCUGUCGUACGACCUUCGAACGCCCGCGAGGUUGCUGUCCGUGAUUCAGACGCACAGGCAUCCGGUGGUUGGGAUUUUACUUCAACCGGGAAACACGUCGAACCUCGUCGUGACCGGCAGCGUCAACGGCGAGAUGAAGUUCUGCGACCUGAGGAACGCGGCGAAGCCGUUCUUCACCGCGGAGGAGGGGCACGCGCUCACCGCGCUCGUCGCGCACGCGCACGCGGGCGUCAUCGCGUCGGGCUCGAGCGAGCGCGCGAUCAAGCUCUGGGACCUGGAAGGCAACAACGUCGCGGCGAUUCGGUAUCGGUACUCCGUGUUGGGGCAACGCGUCGGCGCCGUUCGAUCGCUCGCGUUUCAUCCGAACCGUCUGUUGCUCCUGUCGGGGACGAACGACGCGACCGCGACGGUGUACAGCGGCGAGGGCACCGGGAACCGAGAGCUGCGGGACGAGUGA